GAACAAACCUGGCGUUUGUUGAGGAGCCUGUGAACGGCAAAAUUACCCACAAGUAACCCAUAAAUUGGUUUCGACGGGUGUGUUUUUCCUCUUGUAAUAAUCGGAGGCCACCAUUAGUCAGUCAGAGGAAGAACCGAGUCAAAACUUCGAGCAGUGCACGUAUUUUAACAGAACAGCGGUGUUGUGAACGAACUUGACUGUUGGAGGCUAGUCGCCGCUCGUGCUAACGUGUUAGCUUCUUUUAGUCAGGUGCAAACUGCUGCUGCCGGUGGGAAAUUAAGCCAGCAUCAACCUGCAAAAGAUUAUUCGCUUUGGAUACGUGCUCAGACGGAAUCGGCGGAAACUUUUCCUUCCUUUGUCAUCGCAUUUCCGAGCGUCCUGCUCUCCACAUUCACCAUUCCUGGCUCAACUGGUGGCGCAGCAACACUUCAAAGGAAAAGGUGUGCAACGCUGCAGAUAGCACAGAGGACCCCCUUCCCUCCCCCUCUAAAUACGGAGACGUUUUUGAGCCCAUUCAGUCUCUUGACUGACAGAAAGAAUCAACCCCUGGAGUAGAAAGAAUAAAGAAAGAAAAACAGAACUAAUGUCAAGCCCUUCCCCUCCUCAGACAGCCUAGCGAAGGUUCAGGAGGUAGCAAGCUGGCUUUUGGAAAUGAACCAGGAUCUGCUGUCGGGGGGCAGCAGCAGCAGGCGGAGUCGAGGCCCCGGGGGACAGGCAGUGCGAGGUAACGCCUCCUCCACGGCCCGGGCACCUCAGCAGGCAGCAGAGGAGGGCGAUGAGGAUGAGCACAUCAACCAGGUGGUUGUGGAAAAUGAGCAGCUGCACCAGAGGCCGGAGGCGUCACAGGUUGAUGAUGAGAGGCAACAGCCGUGGGCACCCGGCGAGUCGGGAGCUAGCAACGACCCUCAAAGAGAGGAAGAGGAGGAGGAAAGCAGAGAAGACCCGCUAAAUGAAGUGACUGGGGAGGAUAAAGGAGCCCGGUGGAUGUGGGGGGCAGAGCGGAGACAGCGGGGCCAGGCGCACCUUGAAGAAGAAGACGAUGAGGAAGAGGAGGAAAAUAACAACAGCAGCAUCCACCAAGAGGAGGAGGAGACUGAAGGGAGGACAGAGGGAGGGGAGGAUCACGGAAGGGAAGAGGGUGAGGAGGAGGAAGAGGAGGAGGAUGAUGACGAGGAGAUGGACCAAGACAGUGAUGAAUUUGAACAUUCAGCGGAGAGCGGGAGGGAGGAGGAAGAGGAGGAGGGAGGGACAGGGGAAGAAGGGCUAUGCUCACCCUCUCUCAAGAACAAUGUGUCUGCCCCCAAUAAUAUUCAGGACUCGGGAUGUACACGCCAAAGUUCUUCCAAGAAGAUGAAGAGAAAGUUGGACCAUGGCCCUGAGGUCCGAUCUUUCCCUUCAGGAAAAAAGCCCUGCAAAGGCUCCGAGUAUACAAGCCCAACAGGACUCGUCCCAUGUCCAGCCACACCCACCACAUUUGGCCACAUCAGAACAGCCAAUGGUCAGGGCCAACAGAGGCGACGGCUCACCUCCAUCCAGCCACCCACGGGUCUUCAGGAAUGGCUCAGAACAUUUCAGAGCUGGACUGGCCCAGAAAAGCUGCUGGCGCUGGACGAGUUGAUAGACAGCUGUGAGCCCACGCAAGUCAAGCAUAUGAUGCAGGUGAUUGAGCCGCAGUUUCAGCGCGACUUCAUCUCCCUGCUGCCCAAAGAGCUGGCUUUGUAUGUGCUGUCAUUUCUGGAACCGAAGGACCUCCUCCAAGCGGCACAGACGUGUCGCUACUGGCGCAUCCUGGCAGAAGACAACUUGCUGUGGAGAGAAAAAUGCAGGGAAGAGGGUAUUGAUGAACCUCUGCCUUUGAAGAAAAGAAAAAUUGUCAAGCCCGGCUUCACUCACAGCCCCUGGAAGAGUGCCUACAUCAGGCAGCACAGAAUAGACACUAACUGGAGGAGAGGGGACCUUAAAUCACCCAAGGUGCUGAAAGGACACGACGACCAUGUGAUCACCUGCCUCCAGUUCUGUGGCAACCGCAUCGUCAGCGGCUCUGACGACAACACGCUGAAAGUGUGGUCAGCCAUCACCGGAAAGUGUCUGCGGACGUUGGUGGGCCACACGGGGGGCGUGUGGUCAUCUCAGAUGCGAGACAACAUCAUCAUCAGCGGCUCCACAGAUCGCACACUCAAGGUCUGGAAUGCAGAGACAGGAGAAUGUAUCCACACCCUCUACGGGCAUACCUCAACAGUGCGCUGCAUGCACCUACAUGAGAAAAGGGUGGUCAGCGGCUCUCGCGAUGCUACGCUUCGUGUCUGGGACAUUGAGACCGGUCAGUGUUUACACGUGCUCAUGGGUCACGUGGCGGCGGUGCGCUGCGUUCAGUAUGACGGGCGCCGGGUGGUCAGCGGCGCCUACGACUUCAUGGUCAAAGUUUGGGAUCCAGAAACAGAAACCUGCCUGCACACGCUGCAGGGCCACACGAACAGAGUGUACUCCUUACAGUUUGACGGGAUUCACGUAGUGAGCGGCUCUCUGGAUACAUCUAUAAGAGUCUGGGACGUGGAGACGGGGAACUGCAUCCACACGUUAACGGGGCAUCAGUCCCUCACCAGCGGCAUGGAGCUCAAAGACAACAUCCUUGUCUCAGGCAACGCAGACUCUACUGUCAAGAUCUGGGACAUCAAGACCGGCCAGUGUCUCCAAACAUUGCAAGGUCCUCACAAGCACCAGAGCGCCGUGACGUGCCUCCAGUUCAACAAGAACUUUGUCAUCACCAGCUCGGAUGACGGCACCGUUAAGCUGUGGGACCUGAAGACGGGCGAGUUCAUCCGUAACCUGGUCACCUUGGAGAGCGGCGGCAGCGGCGGUGUUGUGUGGCGCAUCCGGGCCUCCAACACCAAGCUGGUGUGCGCUGUGGGCAGCCGCAACGGCACCGAGGAAACCAAGCUGCUGGUGUUGGACUUUGACGUGGACAUGAAAUGAGACAUUGGACACGCUGAAGGAGGAAAUCGCAAAGAGGAUGAAGUAGAGAGGGAAUGGGAGAUGAGGCGCCUGGAAACCAGAUGGCCGGCACCCAAAACUCUUUAUUAAAAUUCACAGAUGUCUAACCCCCCCACAAAAAAUACAAUAAAUAUAACGGUGGGCUGUUGCUGCCCUCCAUCCCUAUUGCCCAUCUCUCCCAUG